UCUGUCAUUCGCGUUAUGUGUGGAUCGACCCUCACGUCGACCUUCUUUCACUUGGCUAUGAACCACCGACCAUCGAAGAUGAACCGGAAUAUCACUCUCGUUGCCGUCCUAAUCCUGGCCCUGUCCACGGUCUACGCGGAAAUAGUACAUUGGACGUCAUGUCCAUCCAACUCCGAACAAAAUACUGUACAAUGUACCAUUCACGAAGUACGCGUUGAUCCAUGCAGAGAAGCCGAAGAAAGAAAGCCCUGUUCUUUAAAGAAGGGUCAAGAUGCAAGCAUAAGUUUUGACUACACCCCCCUAUUCAACGGCUCGUUAUCUAGUAGGGCAUACUGGGCUUCUGAGAUCGUAGAUUUACCAUUCUUAGGUAUGCCAGUCGAUGCCUGCCCAUCCACCACUUGCCCAGCUUCGCCUGGUCAAAAGCAAACGUAUUCAGUGGCAUUGCCUAUCUCUAAGAAAUUCCCUACGCGAACAUAUGAUCUCAAAUGGAAGUUGUGGAAUGAACAAGGACAAGAAUGCUGUUUUAUGUUUCAAAUUAAAUUGGUAAAAUGAAAUUGUUGUUCUUAAAUUUUCAAUGUAUCAUCCUUCGCAAUGAUUAUAAUUCGCCAAUCAAGAAUUUAGU